AUGCUCGCUAUUGCUCUGCUGCUCUCCGUCUAUCUUCUUGCGUCAGCUUUGCUAUCUCUGGGCAAGCGCGCUUUUGGUGUUAUCUCGGAUCCUCUACUGCUAAUAAUCAAACCUUUGAUUAUAUCAUUGUUGGAGGUGGUCUCGCGGGACUCACCCGAGAAUGACGGCCGGAAUGAUCCACGGGUGUUUGAUGUAUUGGAAUACGGCGUAGCAUUUGGGGCGUCCUUAGACUGGGCUUGGCCUACGGACCAGGGCAAAAUCAUACAUUCAGGUAGAACGCUUGUCCUCAGCGAUGAGGAGGCAAGCUUGGAAUGGAACUGGGAUUCACUUUUCUCAUACAUGAAGAAGUCCGAAGGUUUCAAUCCACUGGACAAGCAGCAGCGCUCUGACGGUGCGGAUUAUAUUCCUGCUUACCACGGUUUCAUUGGGUCCGUUCAAGUCGCUUACGCACAAGGGAUGUACAGCGGGCCGGCACAGCCUGCAUUUGUUGAGGCUAUUCGCAAUCUUAGUGGGAUUGCACGAUUCCAUGCUCGUAAGGAAGUGAUUCUAUCCCCAGGCACGAUUGCCUUCCCUCAAUUGCUUCAGCUGUCUGGGAUUGGCGACCCGUCUGUCCUCGAUCCACUUGGAAUUGAUGUGAGGGUCAAUCUGCCAACUGUUAGGCGAAACUUCCAGACUCAAACGAGAAACGACGUUGCACAUAAUACACAGCCUUCUUUUGACGCAGGCGGCACAGGACCCGACCACGCAAUUGUAUUCUUGAAUCUUUAUGAACUCUUCUCUAAGGGUGCAGGCUCGAAUGGCAGUAGUCAGGCAGUCAAUGUAUUGAAUGCUGACGCGCUGACUGCGAUUUUGGGUAUCCAAGCGGAAUCGAUCGUAAAUCAUAAUGCUCCUGUUUCUGUAUUUUCCUUCCUAAUUGGUAGUUCCGGGAGCGGUGUCAACAAUACCCUAUUUGGUCUACUUCAAUUCAGCCGCAGCAAUAUCACUAUCACAGAUACAAGCGUCUUCACAGACCCAAAGGUGACAGUGAACUGGUUCGAUAUCGAUUAUGAUCUCGACGUUCAGACAGCCGGAGCCCGACUAGGCCGGAGGGUGCUUAAUAAUAAGGCGCUCGCAUCCAUCGUGACUGAUGAGUACUCUCCUGGACUUAAUGUUGUUCCUGACAACGGAAAUGGUGGUACAGAUGAUGCAUGGCAAUCGUGGAUUCAUGACACAUUUGCGGCAAUGUAUCAUGAGGUUGGUUCUACAUCGAUGAUGCGGCGUGAUCUGGGUGGAGUCGUGGAUGGGAAGCUUCGUGUCUAUGAUACGGUGAACCUACGCAUCGUGGAUGCGGGCGUGAUUCCCUUCCAAGUCAGUGCGCAUACAAGUCAGACGUUAUGUGGCGUUGCGGAGAAAGCAGCGGACAUUACCAAGCUGACGCGUAAACUGGGUUAUGAAGAUCUUAUGGUCUAUGGUUUCGUGAUCUUUACUUUUCCGCGCAUGUAGGAUAUCGUGAGUAGUCAAAAAUGACAGGUCGAAGGCCAUACAGUUUAAAGUUUCAGAUCAUGUGACGCUGGCAAAUAAAAAUUCACUUGGCUUAGCAGGC